GAAAAACGAGGUUAGAAUUUAGAAUAGAAAUUAGAAUAGAAUUUUGAACUUUAUAGUCCGAUCUAAUCUGAAGUCAGUUGAAUGCAUUGGCCUAAAAAUACUAAAACAAAGAAGUUCAUGCGCUUUUAAUGUAAUUGUUAACUCAGAAUAUCUACUUUAGCGUAUUUACCGUACAAUUUAUUAAAAAUGAACGGCGAAUCAGUCAUAAACGCGGAAAAAGCUUAUUUAUUGUCGGUUAUUUCAACUUUCAAGAGCUACAGAGAGCAGUCUUUACUUAGAAUUCAGCAUAAAGAAAGCAGCCUCGACAGUCUCCCCUGUCAUCACAAACAAUGGUUACAAAAGUAUAACGAAGAUUUGGAAAAAAUCAAGAAAUGUAUAGAGAAAAAUCACGAAUUUAUUCCGCUUGUUUUACGCUAUGCUCACUGUAUUUUCGGUAAUUUUUAUAGGGAAGAACCUACCGUACCCCGCGAACAAGAAAUUCAAACCCGAUCGGAAGGAAUAGACAAAGUACAAGCUGUAUUCAAACAGUUAAUGCGCGACUGGAGCUCGUUAGGAGCGCCGGAGCGCAAACAAUGCUACGAGCCGAUUUACGAAGAAAUAUUUGCCAAUUAUCCAGAAGAUAAGUUCGACAGAAGUAUGAUUAGUGUUUUAGUGCCUGGAGCGGGUCUUGGUAGAUUGGCAUUUGAAAUCGCUUCGAAGGGUUUCACCUGCCAAGGGAACGAAUUCAACGUUUUCAUGCUUAUCGUUUCCUAUUUCGUAUUGAAUCUGUGUAAAAAAGUGGACGAAUACGAGGUUUACCCUUGGAUUCAUCAAUACACAAACAAUUUAAAAGCAGAAGACCAAAUGCUCGGGAUCAGAUUUCCUGACGUUAUUCCUAUUCCUACACCGGGCAGUGGUUUUUCCAUGACAGCAGGUGAUUUUUUAGAGGUUUAUACAGCCGCAGACGAAUGGAAUUGCGUUGCGACGUGUUUCUUUAUUGAUUGCGCUCCGAACGUAGUACAAUUUAUAGAAAGCAUAUUUAAUAUUCUCAAACCCGGUGGAUUGUGGGUGAAUUUGGGCCCGUUGUUGUACCACUAUUCCGAUAUUAGAAGAGAGAAUAGUGUAGAACCCAGCUUUCAAGUAGUUUUGCAGGUUAUCAAAAGGAUCGGUUUCGAACUGGAAAAAUGUCAAACGCACGUAAAAACGAAAUACUGUCAAAAUCCGAUGUCAAUGUUGCAGUACGAAUACGAUAGUGUAUUUUUCGUUUGUCGCAAACCUAACAUAAUCGAAGACAAAUCUGACGAACCCAUGAUUGACAUUAGUGAUAACGAAGUUGUUUUAAACGAUUCAAAGUGAUAAGUUGCGUAUAACAUAAGUUCGUUUAUAUCAUUACUUUAUGUUGAAUAGAACGUCAAGUACAAAUAUUGAAUUUAUGUUAUAUGAAACGGUACCUAAAAUUUUACUUUUGUAACUUUCAGAACAGUUUGCAAAUGUUCAAAGCAAUGCUAAAUGCACAGCUUCCUUCCAGUCACGAGUUAUUAAGAAAUUCGAUAUUUAUGAAUCUCGAUUUGAACAUAUUUAAAAGAUUUACGCGAGAACAAAAAUAUUUUAAUAAUCUUUUAGACUGCUAUUAAAGACUGCUAAUAAUUUGUAUACUAAGGUAAAUUUCUAGUCAACCGUUGUGGCAUUAAACAGUCUGUUUUUGAAUAAUCUUGUUUCAGUUUUCUGUAAAAUAUCAUGUACUAAAUGGAUAUUUGGAAACUAUAUAUGGUAUGUUUUGAAUCGAAGUUCACUAGAGUAGAGCAUUGUUCACUUAGCAUUGUUUUGUAACAGAUCUUCGGUAAUAUUAUUUUAAUUUUUUUUACGAUAAAUCGUUUUUUGUGAUACUUUAUAUAGGUAUGUUAAAAUGUAAAUUGAAU